GUGACUUGUACCAUGCUGUGGAAGUGGUUUAAGACGUUUCUGUGGACUUUUUGUAAUUUCUUCCGCCGAGAAAAGCAAUUGUCGAGUCGGCAGCUGCCUGUCAGUCAAAGCCCCCUUCUUCCCCGGGUGGCGUCCACUGUGAAGCAAAAGAUGUCCUCCUUCCAGAGCCUGAUGGAUGUGGAGGAGAGUGAGGUCUGUGAUCAGAUGCCAAGACAGGACGGCAACACUGGAGGAUGCAUCAAGACAAGAGAUUAUCUGUCUGAUGGAAAUGGCAAGGAGAACCACCCACCACAGAUGAUGCCCUCAGCCAAGAAGAGGAGGUGCCUGGCCCCCCUUGAAAGCUGCGAAGUGGAGAUAAGAGAGGCCAGCGCUCCUGUCCCUGAGUUCAAGUUGAAGGAGCAGGAGGAGGAUGAAGAAACGGGGUUGAAACGUGGAACUUCAACGUCCAGUGAGACUGUGAAAGAGGUCCAGCCGGAGCUUAUUUCCCCUCCCCUACCACCAGCGACCUGUUCCACUACCAACAUCCAACAGGAUGGUUUCUUUGAACUCCAAAGCCUCAGCCAACCACUGGCGGCUGUCUCCCCUUUCCACUUCCCCUCUCUCCCUGGUCUGUUGGAGAUGAAACCCACAGGAGACGACGACUCCACGGGAACAUCUGCCGUUAAGAAGAAAAAGAGGGUGCACUUUGGGGGUCCGCUCUUUCCUGAGUUCUUUGAUAAGAACCUUCCCCCCAGCACCCCGUUACAGAAGGGUGGCACGCCACUCCGAGCACCCACACCAGGUGGGGCUUUACAGCUGCGCUCACUGCUGAAGACCCCGCAGAAGAGUGAACCGCAGACACCACCAGCUCCGUCAGACUCCUGCAGCCCCGGUGUCUUUGGUGCCUCCCCUACACUCGUAAUGCCUCGCAGCUUCAGAAGGCAAUCUGUGGAAGACAGUGAGGAGGAUGGAGAGGUUGUUUUCCCUUCAAUGGAGGAGAUUGACUCUGCAGUGACAAGUGAUACAGGAUAUCUGUGGGACACCCAGCCACUGAACUUAAACUCGGCUUUCCAUGAGGAGUUUCUGUCUCAGAUAGUGACAGAGUCUGAGACUAAACCCAGCUCAACCUCUCAGGUGGUCGUCCCGGAUGAGACGGCAUCAUCACCAGAGAAGAAGAAACCUGAAACUCCAGUUCCGGUCAGAUCUAAGCGGCGGAGGAAAAAGGGUGAAGCAGAGCUUGAAUCUACAAGUGAGGCCCCAGCUCGCUCCGGCAGUCGAAAGAGAAAGCAACCAGAGGAGAGCGAACCUGUGAAGAGGUCGACACGCUCUGCUGCCAAGACGGCCUCUGGGAAGAUGACGAGAAGCUCGGCAGCAGCAGCACGUCGUUGGAGCAGAGACGUGGACCGCUCCCUGUACGGCUCCAGGGACUACGCCUCCAAGAACCCCAACCUGAGUCCCAUCACCGAGAGGCUGUCUUUCAUCAGCCAGUCUCUGGAUGCACAGCAGGCUCCCUCUGCAAGCUGCACACAACCAGCAGCACCAACCCCAGAGACCCCCUUGAACCUAGACACUGCUCACAGCAUGGAAGCGACAGGUGAGCUCACUGUGACAGACGACUGGGGAAAUCCAUCAGAAGACUCCGGCAAAUCUCCCAAGCCCAGUAAAGAAAGCUGUGUGAGGAAAGGCAGGAGGCCGGCGGGACAGAGGUCUGGAGGGAGAGGAACGAUGAAAAGGAAGGUCAGUGUCGCUGACUGCAAGCAACUCUGUGAGGAGCCUGGAGGACUGACAGAGGAGCACUGUGAAGACCCAAUCACUACCAACCCUGAUGCAUCAAGGGAAACCCCAUUGUGCCACACUGCACCUUAUCAGAGAGAGGAGGACAUAGAGCUUGAAGCCAAGACUCCUGCCGAUAUACCCAGCACUCACUCAGAAGGGAAGUCAGGGUGUCCUGCCAGUCUUAAUGCUCUCCUGCCUUCAGAUGAAGAACUGAACGACUCGAGUGUGCCAGCAGAGUUCUCCAAACGAAAAGCCGAGGGCGGGAGCAGCUCUGUGAACAGUGCAGCUGACCAGGAGCAGGGAGAGCAGGUACAGGAGCACCACACCAGCCAUGAAGUGGAGGAUAACCAACCGGGAGACCAAGCAGAGAACCUGCAAGAAAACUGCAGGUCGAGCUCUGACAGACAGGAAGAGGAGCGACCGUUAAAUCUAGACCUGGCUCCCUGGCAGGCUGACUUUAAUUUUGAAGAUGUAUUUAAAUCUGUCUCCACUAGAGGGCAGCGCUCUGUACGCCGUAGCUUGAGGAACCAGAGCAAUGCGGCCCAGAGCAACGGGGCAGGUCUCGCCUGGCUGCCUCGGACCUCCCCCGACUCGAGUAAAGAGGCCCGAAGGAGAACCUGGGGCCGCAAGCUCAGCGCUGUUCUCCCUGCCCAACCUUCAGUCUCCGAGGAGACACAGGACAACUCUUCAUAAAUCUUCAAAUAGACAACAUGGGACUCUACCUGCUUAUUUUAAUGAACGCAGAUUAAAGGGAACUAUUGAUGUAUUGAUUCCACUGUGGUACAAACCUCACCUCGCUGUUUUCUUGAAAUUAAAUGCAGCUAUUUUUCCAAAGAGCAACCUGAUUGUUUCACGUUAUCUAAAACCUGUAAUGUUUUCUCUUUGAGUGAAUUAUUAGAGCUGACUAGUAAUUUGUAACCAGAUUCCUGCUGGUAACCAAGCCGGUCAAUACACAGAGCCCAGUCAUUCCUGCUGACCACCUCCCGAUCAAUAACUACCCGCUCCUCAGCUGGUAAUCAAAGUGCAUCUUCAGUCUCCCUCUCCAAAGUCACUGGAUGAAGCACGUCCAAGUCGAUACCUAUUCGUUGAGGAUAGAUGAAGAUGGCUUUUUACGGGAGGAGGGGGUGGAUGGAAUUCAAUCUAUAGAUGGAUAGAACGAAAGAAAAAGGAUAGAAGGCAGUGAAUGGGCCGUACACACAGAAAAAUCAAAUCAAUAGGCUCUGGUAAUUCUGUGUUUGUGGCUGCUGGAAGGUUUUUAUUCCUGUGAAAUGUGAAUGUGAAACGUCCCUGUUUCACCCUGUUGUUUACAAGCUGUUGGUCGGUUUGUAGACUGAUGAUGAUUUCCAGUCUAGUUGAAUUUGUCUUGUACAUUGCAUCAAAUUAAAUAUGA